UCUAAAAACAAGUAUGCUUUUCUUCAGCUUGUGAACUGAAAUUCAUAUAAAAAACAAUUGACAAAGAUCGAAAAUAGGUAACACUCGCUUCUUAUUACUCAUUGGUAGCAGAUCACUUCAUACGCUUAUACACCCAUUUUUCAAAAAUUUGUGCUGAUAAACCUCCAUGAGCAAUCUGAAGUUAGGGGUGGAGGUUGUGAGCGCUCACCACCUCUUGCCCAAAGAUGGGCAGGGCUCAGCUAGUACCUUUGUGGAGCUUCACUUCGAUAAUAUGAAAUUCCGCACCACUGUCAAAGAAAAAGAUCUCAACCCCGUUUGGAAUGAAACUUUCUAUUUCAAUGUCUCAGAUCCAAACAAGUUAUCUUACCUCCCUCUUGAAGCCUAUGUCUUCAACAAUACGCAAUCCAAAUCCUUCCUAGGUAAGGUUAGGAUCACAUCGACCGCAUUUGUCCCCCACUUUGACGCUGUUGUUUUGCACUACCCUUUAGAAAAACGGGGCAUUUUCUCACAUGUAAGCGGAGAGCUUGGUUUGAAAGUUUUUAUUACUGAUGAUCCUUCCAUUAAAUCUUCAAAUCCACUUCCUGCAAUUGAAAUGGAAUCUUCUGUGCAUACAAAUUCAUACUCGACCCAAGUUCACGCACCUGCUCAACAACGCCCAAGUUUUUUCCGAAACCUAUUUUCUAGCAACAAAACUGAGCCUAGACACACAUUUCAUCAUCUGCCAAACACAAGCCAGCCAAACCAACAGCCGAAACAACCACAUCAGUCUUCUGCUUCAGUGACCCAUCAAUCAGUGAAUUAUGGAGUUGAUGAGAUGAGAGCUGAGCCACAGGCUCGUAGUAUUGUGCGCAUGUACUCUGGUUCGUCUUCGCAGCCAGCUGAAUAUGCACUUAAAGAGACGAGCCCUUUUCUUGGAGGGGGACGAAUUGUUGGUGGCCGAGUUAUACGUGCAGACAAACCGAGCAGUACUUAUGAUCUUGUUGAACCAAUGCACUUUCUUUUUGUGAGAGUUGUGAAAGCCCGUGACCUUCACUCCAAGGAUUUGACUGGGGGCGUUGAUCCUUUUGUUGAAGUCAGAGUCGGGAACUAUAGAGGAAUCACGAAGCACCUUGAGAAAAACCAUUACCCUGAGUGGAAUGUGGUGUUUGCCUUUUCGAAAGAGAGACUCCAAUCCUCGAGCUUGGAUGUUGUCGUUAAGGAUAAAGAUAUGGUGAAAGAUGACUUUGUUGGGAUUGUUCGGUUUGAUCUUAAUGAGGUCCCAACACGGGUCCCUCCAGAUAGUCCGUUGGCUCCAGAAUGGUAUCGUCUUGGAGACAAGCAUGGGGAGAAAAACAGGGGGGAACUAAUGCUUGCUGUUUGGAUCGGCACACAAGCUGAUGAGGCUUUUCCUGAUGCUUGGCAUUCGGAUGCAUCCUCUUCUAUUGAUAGCUCACUGGGCUCGACACAUAUCCGCUCCAAAGUCUACCAGUCCCCAAGAUUAUGGUAUGUCCGGGUUAAUGUGAUUGAGGUACAAGACUUGGUUGUAGCUGAAAAGACUCGGUUUCCUGAUGUAUAUGUUAAGGCAGUGAUUGGUAACCAGGUUUUGAAGACGAAACCUGUUCAGGCUCGGACAAUGAAUGCACUCUGGAAUGAGGAUCUCAUGUUUGUUGCCUCUGAACCCUUUGAAGAUCAUUUAUUCCUUACAGUUGAAGACCGUGUUGCGCCCAACAAAGAUGAGAUUCUUGGGAAGGUCAUAAUACCAUUGCACUCUAUCGAAAGGCGUGUUGAUGAUCGGGUUUUCCAUUCCCGGUGGUUCAACCUCCAGAGAUGGAGUUCGGGUGAUGUGGAACAGUCAAAGAAAGAUGAAGAUAAGGAUAAGUUUGCUAGUAGGAUUCAUCUUCGCGUCUGCCUUGAUGGGGGGUACCAUGUGCUUGAUGAGUCAACUCAGUACAGCAGUGAUCUCCGGCCCUCAGCGAAACAGCUCUGGAAGUCACCAAUUGGUAUGUUGGAACUUGGUAUUUUAAAUGUUACUGCUCUCCAUCCGAUGAAAACAAGAGAUGGGAAGGGUACAUCGGACACAUAUUGUGUAGCAAAGUAUGGUCACAAAUGGGUUCGAACAAGGACAAUCAUCGACAGCUUGAGCCCAAAAUAUAAUGAGCAGUACACUUGGGAGGUUUAUGAUCCGGCCACAGUCCUCACUGUGGGGGUUUUUGAUAACAGUCACCUUGGUGACAUAAAUGGUACUCACAGGGACAUAAAAAUUGGAAAGGUUCGUAUAAGGAUCUCUACUCUUGAAACUGGCCGUGUUUAUACCCAUUCAUAUCCAUUGCUAGUUCUUCACCCUUCCGGAGUAAAGAAAAUGGGCGAGUUACAUUUGGCAAUUCGGUUUUCGUGCGUGUCAAUGAUGAACAUGAUGUAUAUAUACUCGCGACCCUUAUUGCCAAAAAUGCACUAUGUGAGGCCGUUGAGUGUAAUGCAGCUCGAGCAGCUUCGUUACCAAGCUGUCAACAUUGUUGCAGCCCGGCUUAACCGGUCUGAACCCCCUCUCAGGAGGGAAGUAGUUGAGUACAUGACCGAUGCAAAUUCACAUCUUUGGAGCAUGAGGCGGAGCAAAGCAAACUUUUACCGUCUAAUGUCUGUUUUCAAUGGAUUAAUUUCCGUUUGGAAAUGGUUUGGGGAAGUUUGUGCAUGGAAGACACCGAUCACGACCGUGUUAGUACACGUUCUCUUUGCGUUGCUCGUCUAUUUCCCAGAACUGAUCUUUCCCACGGUGUUUCUGUACAUGUUCUUAAUCGGGCUUUGGAAUUACAGAUUCCGCCCAAAAUACCCUCCCCACAUGAACACUAGAAUUUCCUAUGCUGAAGCAGUGCACCCUGAUGAACUCGAUGAGGAAUUUGACACAUUUCCUACAUCGCGAAAUGCAGAAUUGGUUCGGAUGAGGUAUGAUCGAUUGAGAAGCGUAGCUGGUAGGAUUCAGACUGUGGUGGGUGACGUGGCUACACAAGGUGAGCGGUGUCAGGCAUUGCUGAGCUGGCGUGAUUCGCGUGCUACAGUUAUUUUCAUAACAUUCUGUCUUCUUGCCACCUUUGUGUUGUAUGCGACUCCUUUCCAGAUACUAAUUGUCAUUGCCGGAUUUUAUGUGAUGAGGCAUCCGAGGUUUCGACAUAAGUUGCCGUCCGCGCCGAUCAAUUUCUUCCGGCGUCUGCCAGCUAGGACUGAUAGCAUGCUGUGAAUGAGUUCGUUCUUUGUUGUUUCUUGCUGAUUUUGUUGUCUGCCGACACAUCAUAUUAUGUUUUUUCUUGAAGGUAUUUGUAUAUUUUCGUGCUACUCUAUCAUGCUCAUGAAAGUGUACCCAGAUUUCACAUACUGGGAAACUGCAGAUUGUUAUAUAUAGUUUUUAUAUUGAGCUAUCCGAAGUGUAUUUUUGUUUUUUGUUUAAUAAAUCCAAGAUCUAAACA